UGCAGGAAAACGCCGCGGCAGCGAUGGCGGCGGACGUCGCGGGGGACGUGUACGUGCUGGUGGAGCACCCCUUCGAGUACACCGGCAAGGACGGACGCCGCGUGGCCAUCCAGCCCCACGAGCGCUACCGGCUGCUGCGCCGCAGCACCGAGCACUGGUGGCACGUGCGGUCCUCGGCGCCCGUGCGGCCAGCGCAGUCCCUGGACGACCUGGCACGCGCCACCGCCAUGCCUCCUGCCGGCCUCCUCGGGAGCGCGGGCAGCUUCAAGGCCUGCAGCGUGGCGGGCUCCUGGGUGUGCCCGCGGCCCCUAGCGCGCAGCGACUCGGAGAAUGUCUACGAGGCCAUCCUGGACGUGCGCGGCCCGCAGUGGGAGGAGAGCCCGGAGCAGGUAUGCGGCGGGGGGUGGCCGCGCCUGCACGGAGCUGGGGCGAGGAGACCUGCUGGGCUUAGCGUCCCUUUGGAUGCUCGCCACUGUGUCCGCCCACUUCGGACGAGCUUACUUUCCCGGUGGGCAGGGGCCUUCUCUGAGUCUCCUCCCCGCUCCACACCUUGGCUCUGACAGUGGGAACUUUCCAUGAAGCUACUUACGCUGUCUGACAACUUUCUUGGCCGCUUUCUCCCCAGAAUCUGUCCACAGGGAGGCAGAGAGCCUGGCCUUUGGGGCACAUUCAGUCAUAUUCUUCCUUCCACACAAGCAGCUGCCCCAUGUUCCACCACUUGCCAUCAUCCCGUCGUCGAGACAGUACCAUUGCUGGCUCCAGGCCAGAGCCCUUCUUAAAUCUUCCCCAGAACUGGGAAACCCCUUCCCUUCCUGUUCCCACCCCACUCACUCUCACUAGACCUGCCUGAGGUGCCACCUCUCAGGCACCCCUCAGGGCA